UUCUGGCGGUACCGUGACCGUUUCAGUUCAGCUCCAAAUUUGGGCCGUCAGUGGAAACAAAAUGAGUGCUUUUACGUCUGUCUGUCCCCCAUGUUUAGGCUCAGUCAAUGCGUUAAGGAGGCGAAGGUUAGACGUCCUGAACGCUUACUCACAGAAAAUUCUAUUGCCACUCAUCGCACCAUCCGGAGUGCAAACAAUGCGCCCCUCGAAUUUUCCGCCCAAUUCGAGAUAUCCAUCAGUACACAACCACACGUCUCCCUCCAAUGAGACACAAUCACAAAUCAUUUUCAAUCCAUUUGGAACUUUGCUCAACAAAGACCAACAGGCGUUUGAGCGAUCGACGUGAUUGACUUGCGUAAUCAACAUACUUAGUUAGGAAGCCUUUAUCCAAAACCAUACAAGAAGACGAUGAAAAUGAUGGCAACGGUGACGGUCGUUUUAGGACUCCUCUUGGCUUCUACCGCACAUGCUGACAAGGAUGAUUCCUACUACAUUGCUGGAACGGGCAAUCCCAACCGGAAUGAGAAGAUGUAUUGGAAGGACGCUGAGAAUGUCUUCCAAGACCUUAGUUCGUUCUCUACUCUCUACGUCGAGUUUCAUAACUGUGCGUGGACUUGGAUGCAAACAAGUGACGACGACAACGAUAUCGACGAGAAUGACUAUUGGUACAUGGGCAAAAUCCCUCCUAUGGGAGCCAACGUGGCCUACAGUCUCUAUGGAAGCCUCAAGGGCGACACGUUUUCUGGGUGUGGCGCCGACACCUUCAUUAACUCCUUCUACACCAACACUGGCUUUACCAACUUUGCUCGAGCCAUGAACUACGCUGGGCUCUCUGGAUUCUCUAAAUAUUCUUAUGAUGACGACUCCUCGUCUUCCUACACUGCAGCAUGUUCGGGUGGCUCUGGCGUGGGUUGUGACUACUCCAAUGGCUUUGCUGUUCACACCUACUCUGGAGACGAAUGCAACCCAUCAAACUACACCGGCGUCAGCGACUCUUUGUCAAACCUCAACUCUGCCAUGAAAUCUGCCACAUGUAUCAAGAUUUUUGACUCCAGCAGCUAUAGCGGUAGUCCCUACGGAACCCCACUCGAGGUACUGGCAUACAGCCACUCGUGCUUCUACCAAGACUUCUUCUCUCCCGAUGGAGUCUGUCCGGAUCCGUAUGGAAAGCUGCAGUAUUAUCAGGAAAAAUUCUACAAUGGCAUCCAGGAAUCCAAGAAGCAAGACCCUUACCAAAUUAGCAGACGAAAACAGGAAUACUACGACGACAUUAAGGAGGGGAAGAUGAUGUCUGUCGUUGGUCUUUUCCUUGUUGCUGUUUGUCUUAUCUCUUCAUUCGUCGAGCUCGUCAUGUGGUGUUGCUGCACCAAGUCCAAGCCAGUGGUCCAGAAAGAACUUCCAGCUGGUCCUCAACAGGAUGUCAUCCUUACCAAGCGAAGUGGAGACGACGACGAUACCGACACGGAUGCUGGAGGUAGCAAGAGUACCGCUGAAGGAUACAUUACAAUGUCUGAUGAUGUUGAGGCUCCUGCCACCACCUAUCAACCACCAAUCGACGUUACACCACCCAGUAAAGAGGAUCAAGCCAACGUUGUGGACAAGGUUAAGCAGGCUCUUCCUGCCCACACGGCAAGGGCAAUCGAAAGCUAUGUUAUGGAUGGUAUCAAAACUACUCAGUCGCUGCCCCCACCUAUUACUCCGCCUGCAGAAGAAGUCGUUGUCGCUGAGCCAGAUACCGCGGCCCAAGCCAAGUCUGUUGAUGCAGUAGAUGAUUUGAAGGCCACUGUCAAAUCGGCUGACGCUAUGGAUGAUUUGAAGGCAUCCGUUUCACCUGAGACAGCCGCUGCAAUCGAAAAGUUUGUUGCUGGUGGCAACAACGCGAUGUCAGCUGGACCGGGUAAAGAGGUUCAAGCCGACGUUGAAGGUGAAGCCGCCCCAGUUACCGUGUAUGCACCUCCAGGUCUAGAAUCGGAUGAACCAAAGGGAACCGAAACACAAUCCACGCCCGAAACUGAAGCAUCGGAUGACAAAGUUAUUGCUAGUCGAGAUGAAGACGAAGAUAUCACGAUUGAGGUGGCCCCUUGUGAAGGCAACAUUUCAGUCGAGGUCAGUCAAAGUAAGGAUGAACUACCCCCAAUUUUGGAACAGACCCAAUCCCAACUCUUGAUGGCAUUCGAACCCGAGAUAACUCCGAAGAGGGACAGUAUCAGUGUGCCAGAUCUGGAUCUGCCGAAGCCGUCACUCUUAGAACUGUCCAAGUCCCAACUCAUGUCCAAGUAUUUUGACGCCGAAGAAGGCCCCUCUGAAGUGUUCAAGACUGACGAUGAGGAAACAACCGAGGAAAAGGAAUCGCCAGCCUUGGAGCCAACCACCGAGGAAGAGGUCGUCUCAGCCGGAGCUGAGACUAGGGCCAUUGAUGCUGCCCCCAACACUGUUGAGCAAACACCCAGUAGCCCUGAGGAAGCCGCUGCCGCCGAGGAAGCUGAUGCGACGGAGGAGGAGCAAGCAACCACCACCACGGUGGAGCAACCCGCCACCACGGAGGAGCAACCUGACACUACCAUCGAGGGGCAGGUGGAGGAGCAAGCGACCGCCACCACCGAUGACGCAGCCAACAUCAGCGAGGAGCAAGGUGGCCAGGAUGGGAGUUCAACACGUCCCAACAGACAACGACAGCCCAGUUGGUUCGGCUGGUAAAUUGUCGUGUAUUUUUGGUAUCAACUGUGUGUCCCGUGAUCGUUGCGCGGAAGGGUUCUGCAGCAAGAAGUGUACCUCCAUAUGAAUCUAGACUGCGUUUUAUCCUGAUCUAUUACUUAGCUAUAGGAAUAAUCUGUACCGUAUAAAGAUGACUCGAGUACAUUC